AGGAUAACAAACUUGAACAUUUUAGUCCCAUUAACUCCUAAAAAUGCUUUCAAAGAACUGAAAAAAACUUCCUUUUUUAUUUAAAUCUUUAUUUGUAUGAUCUGGUUCUUUCAUUUUUAUAGAGUUCCUCUACCUGCUUUUCAUUUUUGCCUAAAAGAACUUUUAGACAAACUGAUGAACUUGGUAGGUUGACUGAAUUUGGACUGGAACUAACUGGGCUUUUAUAAAUUAGGUGAUUUAUUUAGCUGUAUUUUCUUUUUUUGGGAGGGGAGCAGGGUGUGUGUAUGAGGGGGGGUAUCUUAUUGAUUCAGGCUACAAAACAAAGACCCACCCAUUCUCUCUAUUCUUCUGUCUGUCUCUUUUGUUGUGGUUCCUGCCAAUGGUUUGGCCCGCGAAGCCAGUCUUUGCUGGCAGUGCUGCCAUGGCAACCAGGAAAUACUUACCGCUGUCAGUGUAGUAGCGUCCGCUUGAAGGGGGACAGAGCGGAGCGGAGCGUGGUGACUGCGAGUCAAGGCACACCACAACAGGAGUGAUCGAUUUUUGGUUUUUACCCCCAGCUCUGCUGAAGUUGCUUCACACUCCAGCAGCUGUGAGUGACUGUUUUUACUGAAAGUAGCAGUUAGAUUGGAGAUAGUUUUGCUCUGGUAAUAAGUCAGGAUGACUGCAUGUGGAUUUAAAAAGCAGCUCUCUACUGUGUGUGGACGUUGACGGCUUGCUCAGACAUGGCUGCCAGCUCCGCGGCGGCGUCUCACCUGCCUCCGGUGAAGAGCGUGGUGGUGUACAGGAAUGGAGACCCUUUCUACACCGGCAGGAGGUUUGUUGUCAACCAGCGACAAGUGGCCACGAUGGAAGCCUUUCUGAACGAAGUGACUCGGAGCAUCAGGGCGCCCCUCGCCGUCCGGACUCUGUACACCCCGAAGCAGGGCCACAGGGUCACAGACCUUCAGGAUCUACAAACGGGAGCCCAAUACGUAGCAGCCGGUUCUGAGAGGUUCAAAAAGCUGGAUUAUCUCAACGCUGGAGUUAAAAAACAGCCCGCCUCUCGAGAGGAGACCCAGGUAAAAGGUGUCCAGAAGCCGCAAGUUACAGCAAAGUGGAGGGAGUUUGUGCCUGCACCGUGCAUCAUACAUGUUUUCCGAAACGGAGAUCUCCUGUGCGCGCCGCUCCGACUCAUCAUUCCUCGGAGCAUGCGACAGGACCUGGAGCAGAUCCUGUGUGUGAUCUCGGAAAAGGUCAACUUACGGACCGGAGCGGUGCGCAGAUUGUGCUCUUUGGAAGGAGGGACCGUGUCCUCAGCUGGGGAGCUGGAGACCGGCCACUGCUACGUUGCUGUGGGAACCGAGAGGUUCAAGAAACUUCCAUAUGAGGCACUUUUAGCUUCAAAAGCUACAGAAAGACAUUUUCCUGGAAAAAAGAGACUUCAACGGAGAGCUCAGAACAGGAAGUUAGGAAGCAAUCCAGAAGAUCCACACAGCGACUCAGCUCCACAUGACUCCCCAGAGUCAGAUGGUCGCAGAGUAAAGUCGACCGGAGAUGAAGCUGCAGCCCCUCAUCAGGAAAUCAGCAAAAGAGCAGAAACCGAAGGAACCGGAGUAAAGAUCCACAAAAAACCGUCACAGGUUCGAUACCCUCUUAGCAACGGAUCAGUUUAUUCAAAUAUAUUUCAAAAGGAAGUGCAGAACAGCAAAGAGGAUCUGGAGGGAGCCGAGGAAGUGCAGGAGGAUGAAAAUACCGCGACAGAGCUUCCUGUUGAUCAGAUAGCUGCAGAAAUCAUAGAGGAAGAAGAAAUAAACAAUGUGGAGGAUUGUGUGCGCGCCAUGAAACAGGCGAGCCCGCAGGACGCCUCAUCAGCCGGAGCAGGGCAGGACCACCGCCCAGAGGAAAUCACAGCCUCACCGAAGCACUCCUGCUAACAGAUGAGUCAUCCCUGCUGCAACCGGAGCAUGCAGCCAAACUGGGAAAAAAAGAACCAAACUACUGUACAAGCUUUUUGUUCUGUUGUUGUUUUUAUUCAUUUAUUUGUAAAAGCAAACUCAUAUUAGCUCACAAAACUUUCAAAAUAAAAUGUUCCAUUUCCUGAAAGUGCUGCUUCCUGUAACACACACCCAUCUUUGGAUUGUGUUUAUGCUGUUUUCAAUGGAUUUUUGUGAGAAUAGAUUUCUGUAUUUGUAUUUACUUAAACAUUUUAGUCAAAUUAGAUACAUAACUUAAUGAAAAGUGAAGUAAAUGUGAGCAACCUAAAAAGAACCAAUAAAAAGUGAAUGUUUUAUGUAAUGUCUUGUAAAUAAAACACUUUAAAAAAAGAUA